AUGUACCGGUCCGUUAUUUUCCACAGGGCGACGUCUAGUAGACGCGAUUGGUUGAAAUUCCCCAACGAUGAAGAUGUUGCGGAUCAAGAUGAAGCAGAUGAUCUUUCAUUUGGUAUAUUUUAUCGGCUGCUCGACGAUAGAAAUGAGGUACUGAGGGCAUUUGUGCACCAAAUCACAGUGGAAGACUUCCCUCACUCAUCUGGUGAAAAGCUUGCUCGUCACAAAUUACAGGGUCCUCAAAAUCUUCUGGCUGAGCUGGUGAAGAAACUGCCAAACCUUGAAGCUCUUUACUUCGAAGGGUCACGGUCUCUUCCAAUGUCAGAAGAGUUGGUGGAGGUAUUUCUCAACCACGAGAGAUCUCCGAAGCUAUUCCUGCAUGGAGAACGUGGGCAUACACCAAUAAGUAUUACUAUGCCAUUUGUACAGGAGAUUCGUACCUCGGUCGAUGCUAGAGCUUCUGAACCCAGAAUGCGUGCCCUUGACGACCCGGAUGCCGAACCCUUCGAGCCGCAAAGACUCGACAUGCACGCGCUAUUUUCUGCUUACCCAAACAUUGAAAGUCUUUCGGUAUCGAUCAAUCGAUUGCGAGGGGGUUGUAUGAUGGGCUCGGCUCUUUCUACGCGGAUAUCUGGGCCCACCCUAGAGACCACGUUCCCGCCGCUGCGAAGCCUUUCACUGAGCGGCUACAAUAUAGCUCAGGAUGAAGAAGACCAGCCCCUUUGGACUGAAAAGUUUCCCUGGGAUAAGUUGCGAUCACUCACUCUCGGUCACCAAUUAAACCCGGGGUUUUUCAAGGCAGCUACUGGCAAAGUACACCAUUUGAAACGGUUCAAGAUAACUAGCUACGGGAAUCCCAGCUCUUGUAAGGACCUCGACGCGUUCUUGUUGUCCUUCCAUACUCUGGAAAGUCUCACUGCUAAAGGGACGGUUCCGUCCUUGGUUGCUAUGGCUCAUCAUUCCGACCUGGAGCAUCUUUGUCUUCACUCAAUUGAGAAGCCUGACGAGGAAAGGAUAUCCCUGAGUGCAAAGGAAAUGAAAGCUUUGGAUCGGCAACACCCUCACCUCAAGAGCUUAGAGCUCGAUAUAGACCCACAUGAUGGCGAAUGGCCCGACGAUAUAGUCAAGGCUCUAGCAACGAGUUUCAAGGAUAUUCGACAGCUGUCCAUUCAUGUCGGACUGAGACUCUCGCACCUGAUAACCAUAUGUAAUGCUGACAGAAAAUUGAAUGAUGUACUCGGUAUUAGGAACAAUCAGGCUUUCAAGUCCGUAUUGACGGAUGAAAAAGCACAGGCUUUUGCAAAACGAUUUUUUGAAUGCAGAGGUCCGUCAAACUUGAAGAAAAUCACGCUACAGACAGGCGAAGAUCUGCGCUGGUUUCCGCAAUGGGCUCCUCGGUACGCCGAUGCAGAGAAACACUAUGCUAAGAUAUUUGAAGCUUAUCCGCCCCUCCACCAGGGCGAUGAGCCACGCCUCGAGGAGCUAAUGAGUGAUUCUGCCCGUUUCAUGAAGACGAUGAUAUCUAUGCGCUCAAAUCGUUGGGUAGAGAAGCCUUCACGACUCAGCAGGGCUCCCCGAGUACUUCAGGCGUCGAGGUUUCCAAGCGUCGUCUAG